CAGCAACGAAACAAAGAUGGCGGACGGCCGAUGAAAGGAAAGAAAAGAUUUUUAACUGUCACGUUUUUUCUCCUUUUCUGAGCGUGACAAAGUUGUGCCAUGUCUCGGACUGCACCAUACCAGCGCAUAGUGAGUGAUGCAGCUAGUUGGAGACAGGACCAGGCACUGAACGCAACCAUCUACAUCCUCAGGGAGAUCGGACCUACCGGCUUCCUACUCAAGGAGGAGGGGGAGACCAAGAAGUUUAAGGUUCUACUAGGAGACCCCCAUACCUGCACCUGUCCUGUCUUCUCUAAGGAAAAGGACAUCUGUAAACACAUCUGUUGGGUUCUUUUGAGGAAGUUCAGAGUAGCAAGAACCAACCCAGUGUCUUUCCAGCUGGGUCUUGUAGAACGUGAGAUAAAUGAGUUACUGCGAGGCGUACACCAGCCUCAGCAGGAGGCUGCCAGGGCUGCGGACAGACGGACGGACACACAGACAGACGGGACGGGGGAUGGGCGCGCCAGGCUGCAGCAGAAACCAAUCACAGAGGAGGAUAUCUGUCCUAUCUGUCAGGAGGAGUUCCUCAGGAAGAGAGAGCCUGUCACGUACUGCAAGUACAGUUGUGGACAGAGCAUCCACAUCAAGUGUAUGAAGGUUUGGGCAGAACACCAGCAGACUACAGGACAGACAGAAAUCAAAUGUCCCUUCUGUAGGCAGGACUUUGGACCCAUCCAGGAGAUCAAGGAAGAAUUUAAAAACGCUGCUGGCCGCCAGCCUGUGAUUGGUCUAAACAAGCACUUAGGUGUGGAGUGCAAAAACUGCGGGAUGAGACCUAUUGAGGGGAAGUGUGUAUCGUGUGUGUUGAGUAUCACCUGUGCCAAAACUGUUUCUCAGGAACCCAGACUCACAAGGAGCACUCUUUCCAGUUUAGACAGCUCGACAGCCAAUCAGAGCGGCACAGUGCCAGAGCCAGUGGUGAACUCCCUGCCAGUGGAGAUCGUGAGACAGAAGAGCCCCCUACUGGCACCAGGGCAGCAGUGCAGGGUCUGUCUGAGGGGCUUCUCAUUGGGACAACACUUGAGGAGGCUGCCAUGCAAACAUAAGUUCCACAAGGAUUGCAUCGACCAGUGGCUGCUGCACCAGCGAGCGACCUGCCCCAUAGACGGCAUGAUGGUCUACGACCCCGCAAACCCGCUCGACUCCAUCCACCGUAACCAGGGGCGACGGGUUGCCAGGGUAACAGACAAGCCCAAAACAGUCGACACCGCCGACAGGGACACGGGCAUAGAACUGGUGGUGCCUGGGAUAGGGGUCGUAGUUCACGGCAGGGGUCAAGGGUUCGCGCCCCCGGGGUUGAGGAAGCAAGGGCGAGGUCAGAGGUCGGGCGGCCAUGUUUCUGGUGGUGGAAAUGACCAGUUUUCGGAAGGAUUCGCUCUGAGUGGAAGAGGAAUUGCACCAAGCUCUCAAAGCCAAAAUGAUGAGAUUGCUGCCAUCACAGCUGUACAGACAUCCAACACUUCUGCACAGCUGGGACCAGUCAUCAUAGACCGUACCCCCGUACCCCCCUCCAUACCCAACAUUCACAACAUCAACGUCGGGCUGGACACCACCAGAAACUCACCGUCUCGCAAACCUCCCACCGGGUUCUUUUCUCCGGACUCACAUCGCAGUAACUCUGGAGACAGCAGGAGUCGCAGUCAGGCUAGGAGGUCACCUUUUAGAGUUCAGAGGUCAAGGACACUGAGUAGUGGGAGGCCAAGAGCAACGUCCAGUGAAAAGCUUGGACAGGGGCAAAGGUUAGAGGGUACAGGUCAUGGGUCACAGGCAAGGUCAAAUUCAGGUGGAGAUAGGUCAAGUGGAAGGGCAGCAUACCCUGGGAAGACUUUGGUGAGGCAAAGGUCAAAGGACAGAGGUGAUGGGUCAAGUUCAAGAGAGGUCAGAAAAGGGUCAAGUGGAAACUUGGGGUCAAGUUUGAGGCAUGCAGAAGCAGCGUUAGAUUCGCUCACUAUUGGUAGAAGAAACUCAGCGACAGAAGGUGUUGGUACGUUGGAUUCUGUAAAUAAGUUGAGUGCACUACCGGUCAAAGGUCAAGUUCACCGGGAUGUUCUGGGGAUCACCAACAACAUGAGGCUUCAGAGGGAGGAAAAUCAUCAGGGAAGUGUCGGGGGUACCUCUGGGGACUUGUUACUUGCUGGAACAAGUUUCAACACCCCAAAUACUGAGGACUGAGAUUUUAUUUCA